AUGGAUUCACCCCACAAUGGAAAAGGGCCUUCAAAAGAAUCAUUCUCAAACGAAUCCUCAUCGCCACCGCCAGUGGCACCGCCCCACAUGAUGUAUUACCAACCAGGAAUGGGGUACCCUGCAGGUCAUGGAGCCCAACCUCCAGCCCACCUUGGUUACGCACCAGGUUAUCCCGCUUACCCUCAACCUCAACCUCAAGCGUACCAUUACCCUGCAGCUCCAGCCGCCUAUUAUAACGCUCCACCAACCUAUUACAACGGUGGCGGAGGUAAUAAAGUCCUCUUCAUGCGAGGCUUCAUAUUGUGUUUCUGCUUGUUAUUCACCGGCUUGUUCAUUGCCACCCUUGUUAUGGCGCUAGUGUUACAUCCCUAUCUCCCUAUUUACACUGUUAACUCCCUUUCAGUCGUGAAUUUUAAUACCACUCAAACCUUAACCGGUGAUUGGAACAUUAGCAUCACGGUUCAGAACAGCAACGAAAGGCUAAAAGGCGUGUUUUCCGAUUUUAAGGUGGAAUUGUUGUACAACAACGAUAUGUUAGCAGUGAGUUAUGAACCCGAUUUCCAGUUGGAUAACUACCAAUAUAAAAACAUGAACCCCAAGCCCUCAUCCAAUGGAUUGACGUUCCCAAAGUGGGAAAUUGAUGAAAUCGCCAAUCAACGAGCCAAGGGCUCCCUCCCGCUUUCUCUCAGGUUAACUUCCACGGUCUCCUUCAAGUCUACCACAAUGUCCACAAGAGACAGCUUGGUAAUAGCCGUUUGCAGUGACUUGAAUGUUGUCUUUCGAAAUGACACUGGCAAUGGCGCGAUGGAAACUGGAGGAGUGCCCAUCAAGUGUCAACUUUUUGUGUAA